AUGGCAGCGGCAGCAACAUCACCGCCGCCCUCGACGGCAGUCGACCCCUCCACGCGCAAACGUGUGCUCAGAGUCAUUGCUAUCUCUCUGCUCCUUGACCUGAUCUCUUUCACCUUCAUCCUCCCGCUCUUCCCCAAGCUGCUCGAAUUCUACCGCGACCGCGAAAUCGGCCCCGAGAUCGCAAACGCAACCGGUCCCGCCACCCUUCUCCAGUCCAUCCUCUCCGGCCUGAACCGCUACAAGGCCGCUUUCGCCCGCCCCAUCGACUCCCGCUACGACAUCGUCCUCCUCGGCGGCGCCCUCGGCUCCCUCUUCAGCCUGCUCCAGGCCGUCGCCUCCCCGCUCAUCGGCCACCUCUCGGACCGCUACGGCCGCCGCACCGCCUUGCUGGCCUCCAUGUGCGGCAACAUCCUCUCCGUGCUCCUCUGGGUCGUCGCCGUCGACUUCCGCACCUUUGUCGCCUCCCGCGUCGUCGGCGGCCUGUCCGAGGGCAACGUCCAGCUCGCCACCGCCAUGGCGACGGACAUUUCGGACGAGCAGAGCAGAAGCUCUACCAUGGCCCUCAUCGGCGCCUGCUUCUCUAUCGCAUUCACCUUUGGUCCCGGCCUGGGCGCGUGGUUAAGCAGCAUCAGCACGGUCAAGGAGAACCCCUUCGCCACCGCCGCCGGCUUCAGCUUAUUCCUCAUCCUGACCGAGACUGUCUACCUCUACUUCUGCCUCCCCGAGACCCUUCCCUCCUUGACUGGCAAGGGCCGCGGCGCACCCGGCAAGAAGGGCGAAAAGAACAAUACGACGACGCCGCAAUCGACGCCGACACCGCUGCUGCGAACAAACUCGCACUUCCUCCUCAAUGCCGUCCACUUUGUAUUCCUGCUCUUCUUCUCCGGCAUGGAGUCCUCCCUCUCCUUCAUGACCUACGAGCUCUUCGCCUUCGGCUCCGCUAAGAACGGCCGCCUCCUCGGCUUCGUUGGCCUUGUCGCCUCCAUCCUCCAGGGCGGUGUCACGCGCCGCCUCCCGCCUCUGCUCUCCGUGCGCACGGGCGUCGUGGCCUGUCUCGCCUCCUUCAUCCUCUUAGGCCGUAUCACCACAACCGGCGGGCUGUACGCCGCGGCCACGUGCCUGGCCGUCACGUCCGCUACCGUCGUCUCGGGCCUCAACACGCUGAGCAGCUUCGAGGCCGCCGAGGACGAGCGCGGCGGCAAGCUCGGCAUCCUCCGCAGCUGGGGCCAGCUCGGUCGCGGACUGGGGCCGAUCCUCUUCACCAGCGUGUACUGGUGGGCCGGCCGCCAGGUCGCGUAUACCAUGGGUGCCACAGGCAUGGCUGUUGUCGCGGCGGCGGUGUUUGCCGGUCUCAAGACGCCGCCUGGGUCACUGAAGAAGAAGGUGCCUGCCGAGAAGAAGGCCGCGUGA